AUGACCUCGAAAAGGCCGCAAUGCUGGGAGUGUCAACGCCGCGAUUCGCCGUGCGACGGCAGGAUUCCGAUCUGCGGCAACUGCAGCGACGCCGGCAUGGUCUGUCCUGGCUACAACAACGCCAGGCCGCUCACGUGGCUGCCCACGGGCAAGGUAUCGCGGCUUCAAAAGGUCAGGAGCCGGGGCGCGGCGCCGGCCAAGCGCUUCAAGCAGAAGCCGAGCCCGGCCUUGACGACGGCGCGAGCAUCGUCGACGCCGGAACGGGGCGCUUCUUCUUCAGUGGCGAGCACGCCGCCGAGGGCGCGGAGGAGGAAGGGCAGCAGCGGCACUGACAGCAAUAUCAAGGACAGCAAUGGUAAAGCCAGCAGCAGCGUCAGCGACACCAACGGUCCCAAUACUAGCAGCAGCGGCAGCGAUCGGAGCAGCGAUGCCGGCACCAUCUCGGAGGCGUCUCCGGGCGGCUCGGCCUCGAGCAUCGUGGCGGCCACCAAGAAGGCAAGCAUCCGCAGCGACGAUGGCCGUCGUGAGGACCCAAACGGGGAUGGCUUGCUCAAAGAAAAGGACGCGAAGCUUCAGCUCGUUGCCAGCAGGACGCAAUCCAGCUCGGCUGGCAGUUCCAGUUCCAGGCAAAUCCAUGUGGCGCACAUCCCGCCAGAUCUGCGGCCAGAGCAGUGGGAUUUCGUAGAUGCCAUCCAAUACUAUAACAACCUGCUGCUGCCAAAGAUGCGAGCAAGGCAGAUUGUGCAGAAUCCCGCUUGGGGAGGCGAGCUGAGUGGUGAAGCUCUCCAGUCUCUCACGGACGCAAACCGCCACUGCAUUCUAGCCAUAGCCGUUGGGUACCGCAUCAUGUGCGUGUCCAUCAUCCACGGCUUGGAUCUGGAGCCGUCGACGUCGGGCCCGGCGUCUCACCUAUGGCAGGAAUUCUAUCGCCACAUCGGCAAAUCUAUCCGGGCCCUCAACGAUGAGAUUCAACAAAGCUACCCGGGCAACGUCUUCAACAUAUUCUCCAGCAUGGCCCACUUGAUGAGCGCAGAGGUUCUCGUCUCCAAUUCGUUGUCAUGGCGCCUUCACGCUGAUGGCUACCUUAUGCUGAUCAAGCAUUGCGGGGGUCUACGGAAGCUGAUGAAGUCUUCCACCACUCCGUUGUUGAUGCAGAGCUUCGUCAUUGGCAUCACCGUCUUCAACACCACCAGCCCUAGCCACUCGCAGAUGGUUGAUGCCUGCAACUUUGACGUUGACGAUGUCAUGGCCCUAUACGAAAUGGGCAGCACCCCGUUGUUUUACUGUCCCGCGCCCCUGUUUAGAGAAAUAUUCCUCAUCAACCGCCUCAGGCUAGAUGCCGCAGUUUCCGACGGCUCCUCCGAGCCUAGUCUCUGUGAUAUACUUGAGCGAGUCGACAUGUAUUCCGUGUCGCUCAUGAACGAAUCCCUAGACGAGACGAAAGCCAACGCUCUGCUCUUCAUCUCGCUGCUUUUCAAAGCCUCCGUGGCUGUUUUUUCCGCCCUAACAUUACCUUGUACCUCGCAGUGUUCGCCUUCCAAGCCAUGUGCAGAGCUACAAAAGCUUCACCGAGCCAAUCUCUUCCAUCUUCUCGACACCACGGCCGAAUUCCUCCCGCUCCUCGACCAUAUCCUGUGGCCAGUGGUAGUGGCUGGUACAGCCGCCGCGACAGGGACCGUCGAGAACCAGAUGCUGGUGGAAAUGUACCUGCUGAAUGGCGUGCGAGAUCCCUUUACCGGAGGCUGUACCGGCGCUGCGUUGGCGACAAUGAGGAAGUUUUGGGCCUCGGGGAAGACGGAGUGGGAUGAGUGCUUUGACCAGCCACAUGCGUGGAUGAUAUAA